GCUCGGCGCUCCCGCCCCGCCCUCGGCGGGCGGCCCCCGGACGGGGCGGUGCCGGCGGAGCCGCGCUGCGGGGCCGAGGCCGGAGCUGGGACCCGCACCGGGACCGCGCCCGGGGCCGCGGCGGAGAGAGGUUAUCAGGAGCGUUUAACCAGGCUCACCUCCUAACUUGCUGUUUACACUGGAGAGGCGUAUUGACAUGAAAAGCAGCCUGGAAGGAGAUGCUUGGUGGCUGCUGUGCAAGGCAGGAACACCAGCCCCGGGUCUGUUCUCCCAUCUCUGGCCGUGAAGAUCCCCAGGGCAAUCCUAGUGGCUGCACAAGCGGUGCCUGGAGCUUUGAUGCUCCUCCUUGCUCUGCUUUCCUGGACAAGCAAUGGCAGCCAUCAGGAAGAAGCUGGUGAUUGUGGGAGAUGGUGCCUGUGGAAAGACGUGUCUGCUGAUCGUGUUCAGCAAGGACCAGUUCCCUGAGGUCUACGUGCCCACUGUGUUCGAGAACUACAUCGCUGACAUAGAGGUAGACGGGAAGCAGGUGGAGCUGGCCCUGUGGGACACAGCGGGACAGGAGGACUACGACAGGCUGCGGCCCCUCUCCUACCCGGACACAGACGUUAUCCUCAUGUGCUUUUCUAUUGACAGCCCAGAUAGCCUCGAGAACAUCCCUGAGAAGUGGACACCAGAGGUGAAGCACUUCUGCCCCAACGUGCCCAUCAUCCUGGUGGGGAACAAGAAGGACCUGCGGAAUGACGAGCACACGCGGCGGGAGCUGGCAAAGAUGAAGCAGGAGCCGGUGAAGCCAGAGGAGGGGAGGGACAUGGCCAACAGGAUCAAUGCCUUCGGCUACCUUGAGUGCUCUGCCAAGACGAAGGAGGGCGUGCGGGAGGUCUUCGAGAUGGCCACCCGCGCUGGGCUGCAGGUUCGGAAGAACAAGAAGCGCAGAGGCUGCCCGCUGCUGUGAGCAGCCCGGCGGGUCAGGAGGCAGCUGCCUGCGCCGGCACCCUGCUGCCCCGCACCGUGCGGGGAGGGAGUGCUGGCAGAUGGACCUCGUGGUGCCAGUACCUGCCCCGAACCCUCUGCACCAGAGCUGCUGCCCAAGCCUGCAGGUGUCCCUGCGAGGCUGCGGGGCCGUGAGGGGCCAGUGCCUUCCGUACCCACUGCUCUCUAUGGGCCGGGCGUUUGCGUAGCUCCCUGUGUCACCCCGUUUUUGUACCGCUCACCCUGGUUUUGCCUCUCCCAUGGGAAUUGCCACGGUGUUCGCUCUCCCUCCCCAGCUCCAGGCAGGUGCUGCAGAAGCAGGAGGUGCUGCUGGCUGCUGCCCACAGCUCACACGUGGGGUCUGCUGUGCCCUCGAGGUGCUCUGCCCACUCCCCUGGGCCAUGCGGGCAGUGCUCACCAGCUUUAUACAGACUUGCCCAGGGCAGCUUUCAGCCCAGUCUGUGUGCAGAGCCAGGCUCAGCCGCUGCUGCAGGGAGCUGGGCUUGGCUGCUGCCAGAAGCGCUCUGCUCCCAGGACCAGUGCUCUGCCCAGCUCUGCCAGUAACACCUUCUUCCAGUCUGCACGGGUCACGGACUUAGCAUCGGUAAACUGAACUGCGUAAUUGGGAGAAUAAAUGCAAACUGGUAUUUUAGUAAUUUAA